ACACAAAAAUUGACAUUCAAGUAAUCAUCACCAAUCACACCCCCCAAAAAUCACAUUGUACCACCAUUGCCCUUCAUGAACAAAAUCUGCUCCCUUGUUCAAUAUCUAGACUAAAAUAAUUGCUUGACUUUGAACAGCCUCAGAAAAUGACACGCAAGCCAUUCAGUGUAGGACAAUAACGCUUAGAUUUUUUUAAAGGCUAGUGCAGGCGGGAAAGAGCAAAUAUUUACGGCUGAUGAUCAUUCAUCAGAACUGCUCAUGUUGUACGUACGAGUAACAGAUAUGGUGUCAUAGAUGUAUUUAUUCAGGCCGUAUUUUGAAGAAGGUGCAAGCAGUUGUAGCACCAAACACCAGAUUGGCAGCGGGCGUAGUUCCCCCACAAGAGGUAUGCCCUCUGCCCGGAAAUUUAAACGGGGCUGUGUACUCGCUAUGUCACUCGGCAGUAGCCGAGAGUGGAAGUGGGUGGGAAUCGUCGUAUUGCAGACGUUUUGUUUGCAAGGUCAAAUGAAAGAGACACCUUCCAGACAAAGUAGGGUCGUUGUUAUUUCUUUCAUGGUGGCAUUACAGGGUUGAGGAACUGAGCGGGCUUAGCUGUUAACGAAGUAGGGCGAUGCGAAUGCUUCCAAAGCCGCGGAUCAGUGAGGUCUUCACCAUUUCAGAGACAGCCGCUCACCAACAAAAACAAACAAGACCCACCUGUGCCCAGAACUAUCCUGUUGCAGAAUAUAACAAAGACACCUUGCUUUCCGAUCAGUGUCUCAAUCUUUCAUCGGCUCAUUCUGUGGAUCCAUUAGCACUCAAAACCUACCUCCGCCCUUUGAAGUUCUCCCACGGGCUGGCAAGAAGUGAACCCUACAGAAGAUGGAUCCUUGGCUCCCUGCCCAUAAUUCCUCUUUCAGCAGCAGCAAUCAUUGCGGUCCUUUGUUACUGCUUGUCUCCCGCUCUCUCCAUUUUUUAUCUGAGUGGAAGUCUAGAAAUCUCUAACCUCACCUACACCAAUGAAUUGGGAAACCCACAGUCAAAACAAUUUAUCUCACAAGCUCAAGCUGUCCAGAAUUAUUUUUCGGAACUAUACGAGUCAUCUAUAUUGGGGAAAUAUUACCUGAAAUCAGUCAUUGCUACAUUUAGCGAAGGUGAAGAAGGGCUUCGAGCUUAUUAUUGGAGUAAAUUCUCAGCACCAGAAGACAUAGCACACUAUUUUAAAAAUACAACUACAUCUAAUUUGCAACAAGUCAAUGGAAAGAAGUUAAAAAUCCCCCUGUUGAACUCUUCUGAAGAGAUUUCCUCUGUUGAAGAAGAUUUUGAUGUUUACACAAUUGAGCUAUUUGUUUCAGGUUCUGAAGAAUAUGAUUUAACUGUCAAGUCAGCGAUUUCUUUUGAUCUGUAUGCAAAACCAGGCAACAAUCGGACACUGACGCUAACUCAGCCAAAAAGAUCCUACUACCAAUGGCGACUGCGAGUUCCGGCAGGCCAUAUUGUACAUUUAAUGAUUCUGACACUAUACGGGGCCGUUCCUGGAAACUGUGCCAUUCAUAAACUAUCAGCCUAUGAUUUUCUGCUUCCCAUACAGAACAAAAUAAUUGCACGGUGGUGUGGUUCACCUGUCAGUUGGACUCCUCCAGUUAUCAGAUUGACUUCCUCUGGCAAUGUGAUGCUAGUGACAUUUUCAUCAAAAGUUCUAAGAGGCGGUGCUGUAUUUAAAGCAUACUUUGAAGCUAUUCGUAAAAGAGGUUGUGGUGGUAACGUCAUAUCCUGGAAUGGUUCAUUGAGCUCUCCCUAUUACCCUCGCUACUACCCACCCAAGAUUGACUGUACCUGGACUAUAACAACACCUGCUGUAGGGUACAUUAUAGCCCUUUCAGUUAUUGUUUUGGAAAUCCAAGAGAGAUCCCAAGGUUCAAACUACUGUGAUAGAGACUGGUUGGAGAUUGAUGGAAUCAGAUAUUGCAAUCGAUUAACUGAGGGUGGUUUUCACAAGAUUUAUGGAAGAUCUGUCAAAAUUAAGUUUUCCUCUGAUCAGUCUGUUACCCACAAAGGAUUUUAUUUGGAAUACAGAGCUUUUAGCCAUGAGGAUCAUUGCUACUUCACAUGCCCAAGUGGUACCUGCAUUCUCCACAGAUCUGUUUGCGAUGGAAUAAAUGAUUGUGCAGAUGAAAGUGAUGAACUAAACUGCACAAGGACACUCCAUAAAGGUUGCUCCUGGUAUUCAUAUAAGUGCCGCAAUGGAAAAUGUGUGAACAAAAUUAAUCCAGAGUGUGAUGGGAAAAGGGAUUGCCAGGAUGGUUCGGACGAAUCAGGCUGUGGGUGUGGAACAAGCCCAACCAAGAAAACAAAAAUAGUUGGGGGUGAAGAUGCCAAGAAUGGAAAGUGGCCUUGGCAAGUUAGUCUGCAAAUGGGAUUGUACGGACACAUAUGCGGUGCAUCUAUUGUCUCCAAUCGUUGGCUUGUUUCAGCUGGCCAUUGCUUCCAAGACUCUGACUCCAUAAGAUAUUCCACUUCAUCAGCUUGGACUGCAUAUCUGGGCUUGCAGUUAAUGAAUAGAAUGAAUUCCAGAAUAGUAACCAGAUCAAUUCGUAGAAUUGUUACCCACCCCAAAUACGAUGAAUUCACAUCAGAUUAUGACAUUGCACUGCUGGAACUGAAGACACCGGUCUUCUUCAGUGAUUCCAUCCAACCAAUUUGCUUACCAGCUGCUACUCACAUCUUCACUCCCACUGCAAACUGCUAUGUAACUGGCUGGGGCGUCCUGGGAGAAGACGGUGAGCUGGCCACUGUUCUUCAGGAAGCUAGUGUGAAAAUUAUUCCUCUUGGUAUUUGUAACAAGCUGUAUGAGAACUCUGUGACUUCCAGAAUGAUUUGUGCGGGCCACCUUCGGGGUGGGGUUGAUGCAUGCCAGGGAGACUCUGGAGGCCCAUUGGUGUGUCUGGGCAAAAGAAGAAGAUGGUUUCUAGCGGGAAUAGUCAGCUGGGGAGAAGGAUGUGCUCGACGUAAUCGUCCUGGAGUUUAUACUCGUGUUUCUAGAUUUUCUGACUGGAUCAAACAACAAAUUAAUUGAAACCUUGGAUUAUUCAACGAAGAUGUUCCUUAUGUUUCCUAAUUGGAUUAAUUUAAUAACUCAAUAUUUUUCACUUUCAAGUGAGCCUGAAACAUGAUUAUUGAUUCCAUCCACUAAUGCUUUGAAGAUUCAACGGCCAGUAACAGCCAUUGUCAGGACAAAAACUGUGGUAGGAAAAACAUACACAAAACAAUGGUUAAUAGUAUGUGAAUGAUUCCUACUAAGAAGACAUUUAUAAAUGAAUUGAGUUCUGCUAAUAGCUGGCAAAAUAGAGGCAUAAGAAUAGUACCUAUGUUAUAUGUCAAGGUUUUAUUACAGUGCAAUAUCUAUACUAGCUUUAACAAGUAAUUGUUUUAGAGGUUUCUAUUCUUAUUUUAAAAGAGGACAAUAUGUAGUGCUGUUACACUUGGUAGAUCAAUCAACUUUACUUUUUACUAAUUAGGGUUGAGAAAGCGCAUUUAUUUUGAAAUAAUAAUUCAAUUUUUCAAGGACAAUUGACAAUUAUGUUUGUGAUUGUGAUCUUUCAUAAUUUUCCAAAUAAUUUCAUGCCAAAUCUUUGCAUAAAGUCUAAAAAUAUUGUUAUUUUUGUGAUUUCCUGUCUAUUUUAAUUGGCACAAAGCAUGAACACAGGAAAAAUCCAUCAUUGCAUGCUUUGCUGCACGUUAGAGUCAUUGAGCUGCACAGCACGGAAACAGGUCCGGCCCACCUUGACCAUGCAACCAAAUUGGCAUAUUAUUGGUUGUCCUAUUUGCCUGCAUUUAGCCCAUCUAUAUUACUAAAAGUCUGAUCUUGACCACUUCCUGUUAGAAAAAACGCUGCCACUUACGGUUGUGAUUUCAGGCCAUCUUACUCAGAGUCCCCCUCCGCAGCUCAGGACAAGAGGAUGUUUCCCAUCGAUAAAAAAUAAAAGAGUUAUUAGUGUUUAAAAAAUGUUGCGAUUCUCUCUCCUGAAGGCCACGCCCCUUCCAGAGGGACUAUAAAACCCAGAAGUAUUGAGUGCCUCAGUGCGUAUCUGCAAGAUGGGGGAGCAAGAGGGUCACGUCUAUCAGUCUGAGCACUGUGAAUAACACUGAACACGUGUCUACUAAACUGUGUAGUUUUACUGACCUGUCAGUGCCCUUAAUGUGGUUUGAAAAUAUAGUUUGGAAAUGCUAAAUCUGUGUUGCCUUUGGUUUGGAAAUGCUAAAGCUGUGUUGCCUUUGGUUUGGAAAUGCUAAAGCUGUGUUGCCUUUGGUUUGGAAAUGCUAAAGCUGUUGCCUUUGGUUUGGAAAUGUUUAAGUUGCCUUGCCCAAUUAGAGUUGCCUUGCCCAAUUAGAGUUGCCUUGCCCAAUUAGAGUUGCCUUGCCCAAUUAAAGUUGCCUUGCCUAAUUAAAGUUGCCUUGCCUAAUUAAAGUUGCCUUGCCUAAUUAAAGUUGCCUUGCCUAAUUAAAGUUGCCUUGCCUUCUACAUAAUUAAAAGUCUAAUCUUGACCACUUUCUGUUUGCGCUUUAUAUUGAUUUUAGAAAAAACGCUACCACGUACGAUUUUUGGACAUCUUACUCAGUCCCCCUCCGCUCAUCAGGUGGUGAGGAUUUUUCCCAUCAAUGAAAAAUAAAAGAAUUGUUUGUGUUUAAAAAAAUGUUGAGAUUCUCUCCUGUCAAUCAUGCCACAAAGGCCACGCCCCUUCUGGUGGGAAGGGGGAGAGACUAUAAAACCCAGAUGUGUGGGCGUGGCUCAGUUUCUGCAAGAUGGAGGAGGGAGAGGUCACGACUCGCUGUCUUUAGUGGCCUUGCAUCCUGCUUGAAAUGGUAUGAAACUGCACUUGAAUUUGGUGGCCUUGCACCCUGCUUGAAGUGGUAAGAAACUGUACUUGAAUUUGGUGGCCUUGCACCCUGCUGGAAAUGGAAUUUCAAGGAAUAGCCUUGAGUCAACUGCCAGCCCACCAGCCGUGAGUGAAUGAGCUGCCAGCACAACGGGCUUGAGUGAGUGAGCCACCAGCCCAAGAAUCCAUUCGGCCCACAAUGUCCCUACUAGCCCUCUGGAAACCAGUCCCUUCAGCCCAGAACACCCAUACUAGAGCUCCAGAAAGCACCCGCCCUCGCCCCCCUCCACUGGCCACCAAUAUUGGUAUUGGUGGAGAGGUGGAAUAUUGCGUUGGGGGACCAGCCAUCCCGUGUGAUGCUGGGACCCAACUGGUCCCACUUAGUCUAGUAUCCCUCUAAACCCUUCCUAUUCAUAUAUCUGUCCAAAUGUCUUUUAAAUGUCUUAUAUAUCCCCAUAGUGUUUCCUAAUGACAAAUUUGUGCCUUCUAAGGUUAAGCAAAUACUUCAUAAAACAAAUUCAUGGUACAGUAGAUGGAGAGCAAUGGGGAUAAAUAUUAAGUUAAAGCAUUUUAAUAGGAAUUGUUUAGAUAAGGAUAGUGGACAUCCGAGAAGUCCUCAUUCUGUUCCCACUCCCAUCAUAGAUGAGGCCCUCACUCGUGUCUCCUCGGUACCCCGCAGCUCUACCCUUGCUCCCCCUCCCCCUAGUCGCAACAGAGACAGAGUCCCCCUCGGCCGUACCUUUCACCCCAUCAGCCGUCGCUUACAACACAUAAUCUUCCGACAUUUGUGCCACCUCCAACGGAAUCCCAACACUGAUCACAUCUUCCCAUCUCCACUCCUUUCCGCCUUCCACAGAGACCAUUCCUCCGCAACUACCUGGUUCUCAUCCCUUCCCACCCAAACUACCCCCUCCCCAGGUACCUCCUCCCUCGACUCUGUCCAGGGACCUCGACAGUCCUUUCUGGCUAGGCAGGGGUUCACGUGCACCUCCUCCAAUCUCAUCUACUGUAUCCGUUGUUCAAGAUGUGGACUCUUAUACAUCAGCGAGACCAAACGUAGACUGGGCGAUUGUUUCAUAGAACAUCUUCGCUCGGUCCGCCUGAAUCUACCUGAUUUCCCAGUUGUUAAACACUUUAAUUCUCCUUCCCAUUUCCACACUGACCUUCCUUUCUGUCCUAGGUCUCCUCCAUUGUCAGAGUGAGGCUAAACGCGAAUAAUUGGAGGAACAGCAUCUCAUAUUUCGCUUGGGCAGUGGUAUGAAUGUUAUGAAUGUAUGAAUAUUAAUUUUUCUAACUUCAAGUAAUCCCGGCAUUCCCUCGCAUUCGCUCUAUCCCUCCCCGCCAAGUCGCACCAGCUUCACAUUCUCACCCAACAAACAGCUUAAAAAGUCCUGUUUCCUUUAUCAUUGCUACUUUUUUCCAUAUCUUUCAUUCAUUAUUCUUUAUCUCUGUACAUCAUCGUCUAUAUCUCUCAUUUCCCUUUUCCCUAACUAGUCUGAAGAAGGGUCUCGACCUGGAAACAUCACCAGUUCCUUCUUUCCAGAGAUCCUGAGUUACUGAGACACUUUUUGUGUCUAUCUUUAGUGAAACUAAUGGUCCAAUUUUCAGAGAAAUCCAGCUGUAAAGAAUCACAGAAAGUUGGUAAGCAGGUACAGCAAAUAAUUAGGAAGGCAAAUGUAAUGUUGUCCUUUUUUGUCAGAGGGAUGUGGUACUUAAGUAGGAAAGACUUGUUACAACUUUACAAGACUAAAGAGUCUAUACCUGACUGGUGGCGCAGCAGUAAAGUUGCUGCCUGACAACGCUUUCAGCACCGGAGACCUGGGUUCGAUCCCGACUACGGGUGCUGUCUGUACGCAGUUUGUACAUUCUCCCCAUGACCUGCGUGGGUUUUCCCCGAGAUCUUCGGUUUCCUCCCACACUCCAAAGACGUACAGGUUUGUAGGUUAACUGGCUUGUUUAAAGUGUAAAUUGUCCCUGGUAUUAAUGUACAGGGAUCACUGGUCAGCACGGACCCGGUGGGCCAAAGGGCCUGUUUCUGUGCUGUAUUUCUAAACUAAACUAAACUAAACUCAACUAAACUUGAGGUCUUGCACAGUUUUGGCAGUCUUAUUUGUCAAAUACUAGCUUUAUGGACAGCAGAGAAGAUUAUGAGAUUAAUUACUGGGACAAAGAAACUUUUAAUAAAUAAAUAUUGUGUAGAUAGUCACAUCCAUGGAGAUUAGAACAGAGAGGUAAUGGUAUGAAAUGUGUGCAGUUUGAAGGAGAUUUGAGCUUUGAUUUUGCUCAAGAUUUUAGGAUUAGCUGUUUCUUGUGUCUCCAUUAAAUAUAUUCAAUGUUCCAUUAGAGGGUUGUGGGAUCAAGCAGUAAAGUGGAGUUAAGCAUAAUGAUUAGAUGUUGUUAAAUAGUGAAGCACGUUCAAGGGAUGUUUGGCCUAACUCUUAUACUCUUAUGUGACACCCCCCCUUUCUCACCUUCAGGUCUUGGAAACCCAAUGUAUGUAGAAAGUAGACUGAAAAAUCAGAGUUAUUUAGCUCACCAUGGGUACAGCUGCUCUAGAAGUAGAGCAUGUUUUAAUGAGGAUGCAUUUUGAAUAAAAGAAAGUUGUGCUUUCAUAAUUUAUAAUGUUCUAACACAUAAUUGAUCAGAAAUGCAUUUGUUGACCUGCUUUGUUAAUGCAGUCUAUCUGAAGUGCACUGCAGUGCAUCAUGUUUCCACACAUAUAUUUUGUAAGGUAAUAAAAGUUGACUUCAUAAUCUGAUGUCAUUACCUGAUCCAGUUAAAAAGUAGCAAAGUUGCAUCUGGCUAAUUCCUUCCCAUACAGACAAAAUUAAUUGGAGAUAACUCAAAUUAU